AUGACAUUCAAAAAGAGCUUAGGAAAUUAUAUUGGAACGGUGUUCAUAGUUCACUUGAUAUGCAGAAAUGUUAGUGCAGAAGAGAACUCGGAAGACACAGAAACGUAUAAGAUGAGUGAUCGAGUAUACAUGUGUAGCAAAUGGUUAUCAUCUGUAAUAGAUAAUUUUUGCAAUAAUGUUUAUAAAAUUGUUAAGAGAGACACUUCGCUUAUGUUAGAUAAGCUGGCUCCUAAAGAUUUACUUCAGAACAGAAAUAAGAAGCGUCUGAACACAGAAGUGAACAGGCUGCGUGUGCGCAGACAAGUUGCGAGCGAAUGCUGCGAACGGCCUUGUACUGUUGGAAAUAUUAUAAUGUAUUGUCCCGAAGAUGCAAAACUGUUAAUAGAAAAUCCAAAUAUAUUUGAU